UCUCACUCAGUCGUGAUCCAUCGUUCUCUUUCUCUCUCUUUCCCAACGCACCACUAGUUUUACCAGUCACUCUUUCAUUGCGAGCUCAUAAGCUUGCGUCCAUUCAUUCAAUAUGCGUUCAGUUUCUCUUUUCCUUACCGCCGCUGCUGUCGGGCUGGUUGGAGCAUCAUGGUCGGAGGCCGACGUCACCGUUACCGUGACUUCCACUAAAACCCAUACCUCCUGCCCGGUGACUACCACGACUACCAUUGAGACUUGCGAAGCUCCCGGCUCUUCAACGAUCGGUUCUUGGUCUGCUUAUUCUACCUCGUCCAAAGGGCCGGAUGGUGCAAGUUCUUCUUCGACCGGUUCCUGGUCCGCAUAUCCUACCUGGUCCACAGGCCCGGAUGGUGCAACUACGACCACGUCCAUCCCGGCUGCCUCAAUAAGCAGUGCCGAGAACGCCUGGGCUUCCCAAUGGAAUGCACAGAAAACAAACUAUAACGGUCCGUGGAACGACUGGGGUGUGUCAGAGUCCGGUGCUGGUGUGCCCGGCAAGGCUAGCUCCAGCUCAACCACAAGCUCUAGCACGGGUUACACCACUUCUGCCCCGUACGGUGGUUGGAAUUCAACCACCACUUCUGGCAGCAACUCUACGAGCGCUUCAUCCACGAGCACUACCUCCUCUUCCACUGGAUGCGCCACAUACACUCCGGAGAAGAACGCUUCCGAUAUCUGCAACUCUGCCUCUGACCGCUCAAUGUGGUGCGACAACCUGGACAUCGACACCAAUGUCUACACCACUGGAUACAAGACAGGCGUGACUCGUCACUACACCCUGACCAUCGAGAACACCACCAUGUCCUUCGAUGGCACAGCACCAAAGGUUGCCUUCACCAUCAACGGCCAAAUCCCCGGACCAGUCAUCGAGGCCAAUUGGGGUGAUUACGUCUCGGUUACCGUCAUCAACAAACUCCAGGACAACGCCACUUCCAUCCAUUUCCACGGUAUCCGUCAAGAGAACACCAACGACAUGGAUGGUGUUCCUGGUGUCACUGAAUGUGCCAUCGCUGGAAACGGCGGCUCCAAGACAUACACAUGGCUCGCAUCUUCUUAUGGUACUUCAUGGUAUCACAGCCACGCUUUCGCUCAAUAUGGUGAUGGUGUCCGUGGUCCUAUCGUCAUUCAUGGACCUGCUACUGCCGACUACGAUAUUGACAUGGGAACCGUUAUGAUUGACGAUACAUUCGCCAAUGCUGUUGGCACCCAGGCCGAUUUCAUCACCCACUAUGGACCUAGUGGUUCGUUCAACACCCUGUUCAACGGAAAGAACGUCAACCCUGUUGGCGAAGGUGGCGAGGCUUUCCAGUGGACUGUCCAGCCCUGCAGAAAGCACCGUUUCCGCAUCAUUAAUAGCUCUUCGCAGAACAUGUAUGUUGUUGGCUUUGAUGCCCAUAACAUGACAGUCAUUGCUGCCGAUUUCGUCCCCAUCAAGCCGUACGAGACAUCCACGCUCAACAUCGCCAUUGGCCAGAGAUAUGAUGUUAUCGUCGAGACAAAUCAACCAGUCGGCAGCUAUUACGUUCGUGCUGUGAUCCAAACCGGAUGUCCUUCUGGUGGUGCCAACACUGGUUUGGGAACGGCCAACGCCAUCAUGAACUACGCUGGCUCGAACUCUACUCCAGUCACGAACACACCAAUCACCAAUGUCACCGCUGCAGGCUGUAUCGAUGAGCCUCUGGCCUCUUUGGUGCCAUGGGUUACUCUUUCAGCUGGCGACUCCAGCCAAUUCAGCGCAUCUGUGGAUACCAUUCCUGCCGGUCUGGUCACUCAAGUCCAAACCAGCGAGGACGGUCUCGUCUUCAAUUGGUUCAUCAACAACGGUGUUAUUUCCGUCAACUACAGUGCACCCACUAUCGGUCUCUUGGACAGCGCUGAGGGGGCCAACAACAGCGCCAUCAGCAAUGCCGUGGUCCUGAACGAGGCCAACACCUGGGUCUACUUCGUCAUUCAAAACCAGUUCUUCGCGUCGCAUCCAAUGCACAUUCACGGUCAUGACGUGUCUGUCUUGGGUACUGGUACACAAACUUGGGAUAGCUCCCUUACCAACACUUUGAACUUCGAUAACCCUAUGCGUCGUGACACUGUCGUGUUGCAAGGUUCCGCUGGACCUGGUAACCCGGCCGGGUACACCGUCAUUGGGUGGGAAACUGACAACCCGGGUGCCUGGCUCAUGCAUUGCCACAUUGUCUGGCACGUUGAUGACGGUUUGGCGUUGCAAUUCAUCGAACGACCCAAUGACAUUGUCAGCCAGAAAUACACUUCCAAGGGAUCUUACAAAGAGGAAUGUGCCGCCUUGGACGAGUACCAAUCUGCCAACCCUCAGGCAGUCAAGCAACAAGGUGAAUCCGGACUCAAGAGACGUACCACCUAUGAGGCACUUGGAAUGUCGGAGAACGUCCACUCCGGGUUCAAGAGACACGCCGCCCACAGCCACAAGAGAUUUGCACGAAGCCACAGCUAUUAGGUCUGGUGAAAUGUAAUUGCACGCAGCAGCAACACGGACUCGGUAAUGGGAGGAGCAUAGUUAAUGGGAACGCAUGUACGUUUAGUUCAUUGCUUUCUUCAGCGUCAUGUCCAAAUUCGGUUCGAUGUAGAACUUGAGACAUCUCUUUUAUGAUUCUGAUGUUGUAAGGGCAUUGCCCAUGGCCCUUGAUGUUUGAACAAUGUGAACACGACUUUCUUGGCUCUAGCAUGACUCGGGUUCCUGUCACAAAGGACGAUCAAUAUAUUUAAGAUCCGUGCUUCGAUG